AAUCAUUCAUUCCAUUCCAUUCAUACGUAUACAAUGCAAUUUUUAAUUUCUGUCCAAUUUGUAUCUAAUCGUUGUUUUUACAAUAAAGGACUGCUAUUUUGAGUUUGCAUUAUCUCAGUGCUAAUUGUCAAAAUAAACUUGAUAAUGCCGCGUAGACUUUGUUAUUGGACGCGUAAGUUAGAGCUGGACCUGGUCGAAUUUGUUCAACAAAGAGAUUUCAUUUGGAGACCCCUGGGGAAUACAAAUCACCAAAUACAACAGAAAUACAAAGCGUACGCUGAAUUUGCAGCUAAAUUGGGUGUUGGUUACACAGCAAGAUCAGUUCGAGACCGGUGGGUGAACAUACGGAGUACAUUUCAUCACAACCUGAGACGAGUGGAGAAAUCAAAGAAAACUGCCCGUAGUCCAGCCGAAGUGUAUGUCCCAUCAUGGCCGCUUUGGCAACCUCUGCAGUUCCUCCGAGAGGCUCCUAGGAAAGAAGAAGUCGGAAAUUAUGAGAAUUACGGCCAUCCAGAGCAUUACGAAAGCAGAGUCCAGGUUAAAGAAGAAUUGGCCCCAGAUUCCGGAGUGCUGUGUUUACGACAGAGAGGCGAGAGGACGAACCGACCUAGGCAUAAAGACCACAAUAACAAAGUGAACAAGUGUAAAAGGGUACUAGAUGAUUUAGUAAAAGCUAUGGAACCGCUAGUUAAACUUCCCAGGAGUCCUCAGGAGAGUCAACAUUACUGGUUUUUCGGUAAACACGUGACGGAGAGGUUGAAUUCGAUGAGCGAGAGAGAUGCAGAAUGUGCCAGUCGUGAUAUUUUAAUGUAUUUGGAUAGCUUGUCUCAAGUGCCAGAAUGAAUUAUUAUAUGGAACAUAUGGGUCUACUCAAGUGGUGAGCGGUAUAUAUAUUUUUUUAUAUUACUGCAAUGCUUUCACGAUAACCAAGGUUUGCUUGUCAAGAUGAUACAGCGCCGUUGAAUUGGGACGGACACAACGUACAUCGCUAACUUAUAUGUGAGCUUUGUAACGACCCUAGGAAAAAUGAGUAAUGUAGCACGAAUCCGAAUUUUGAGUGUGCUGUUUUACCUGGCCACAUGCUAUGGUCAGGAAUCGGUGGACAGCCAGAGUGAGAUGGAAUGAGCAUUUAUCAGCAGUGUAUAUCAGACAAAAGCAAAUGUGAAAGCAACACAGUUCUAUAAUGUUUUGUUUAGUUGAUAAUUUAAAAUUGAAUAUAAAAAACUCAUAACAACCUUUAUAUA